AUGUACCUGCCCCUCGGUGUAGCGGCUCGGAUCAUAUACAACCCCACCUCCGACUACGCCGAGAACGUCGUCUCUUUGGCGGCUGAUGGCCUAUCCAUCAGUCCGAUGUUGAGGGGGUUGGCAUAUGAAGGAAGCCUAGGUUUAUGGCUGAAGCAGUACUGGGGCGCCUUGAGGGCUUGGCUGUCCCAGCCACAGAUCAUCGUGUUAGUAAUGACAUGGGCGAUUGUGUUCACUGUCGUGAGCAUUGCCAUACUUGGCCUCGGAUUUGGCCCAGCCGGAGUGGGCGCCGGUGAGUCGCUUCGUCGACCCUGGCUGUUGACGUUCUCGGCCAUCUCCAAGAUAGCUAACUGCGAGGCGCAAGGAACUCUCGCUGCCGUUUUCCAGUCUUCUAUGUACGGAGCUUUCACCCCUGCGGGAGGCCUAUUCGCGACGCUGACCAGCAUGGCCAUGUUGGGAACAUUGAUGCCAUGGGCUGCUGUCGUUUCUGGGGUUCUCGCAACAUUGGCUGCAGGUAUAGUGUGGGGAUAUGGCGUAGGAAGUGGAUAA